CCUCCCUUCCUUGGCUCCUCGCUGCUACGACCUCCGAUUCUGAGCUGUGCUGCAUCGGACGGCGCACACGUGCUGAGAAGAACCGAAGAGCAGCGACGGCGGCAGCGUCCUCGAAACAGACAUGGAGAUGCAGCUGCGAGCCUGCGAGUCCAAGCACCCACGGCGACAUAAACCUCGUUCUCGCCAUUAGAGAAGGAGGAGGAGGAGGAGGAGCAGAGGGGCGGCCCUUCUUCUCCUCGCCCCUGUGAAGCACGGCCCGCGACCAACGGGAGCUCGCGGUGAUCUAGAGAUCUCAAGCAGCUGACGGGUUGAAUAUGUUCUUUUUGUGAUUCACUACCUUGCAGUGAGCUUGUAAAAAUGAGCUCAAAUGGUCGAGCUUCAAAAUCUGCAAAAUCGUCGAUCAAUUACCAUCGACUUUCAUUAGAUGACCACCAGUUAUUUGAGCCAGAUGCGUUGCUUACCAAGGAUCGUGAUGCCAAACAUCAAUCGAGGCAAAGUCCUCAAUCAGGCAGCACAUAUACCGAUAGAAGAUUAACUACUCCCCAGUUCGUAUCGGCAUUGACAGGGUUCUGGAAUCUUGUUGUCCAGCCAGAAUCAUCUGGCACAAUUCAAAGAUCUGAAAGCCAUGGGAUUUCAAGUAGGGAAGACCCUGUGUGCUUUAGCAGGGAUCAACAAGGACACGUAUUCGCACCUUGCUGUUCGGAAAGCUCAAGUGGUCUGAGAUCUCAAAACUGUUUAUCUACACCGAAAUCAAUUUGUGAAGAUCUUAGUUCGGUAAAGAGGAUGUUAAUGCUGACACCAUUCAGUAGUGUUGUUGGGGGUUCUGCCGUGUGGAGACAUAUGUGUUCCAUCAAUAAGGUUGGGGGUGCCCAUUAUUUGCUAUAUGGAAAUAUAUACUCCAUGAAAACUGAAAAGACGAAGAAAAUUGGGACUUCUGAAAGUAGCGAAAGAAGCAUGAGUAAAGAAACUUAUGCUGCUUCCACCAAUAUGGACAUUAAGGACAAUAAGUGGGAUGAUAACUAUUCUAGUCAAACAAGAAGCAUUCCUGCUGAUCUUUGUACUGUCUCAAAUGAAGAAGCUAAUACUAGACAUGAUUGUGAAAUUUCUCGACAUGGUACUAAAUCCAAACUAGAGAUUUUUCUAGAUCUUAAUUUUUCUGCUUGCUCAAUUCAGCAAAUGGAAAUUGGCAAAGAGGCAAGGAUAAAGCCAGGAAACCAGAUUUCCAGUAAGUCAUGCACACAUGUUCAACUUGGCCAAUUGACACGCACCUCUUGUCUGGCGGGUGAUGCUGUUCUUGUUAAUUCAACAAGUGCGAAUCAAUAUGCUUAUGGGGAUGACAUGUGUCAGCAGCACUCUGUAGAUAAACAUUCACCAGGGACUCAACUAACUUUUCAGCAUCGAUUUGACAGUGUUGUUACCUUAAACAAGCAUGCUGCUGCAGGAGCCUUAUCUGGGACAGUAGUCAGUGUUUUUUUGCAUCCAGUUGAUACAGUGAAAACCAUAAUUCAGGCUAACAGUUCUGGACAAAGCUCGUUCUACCAUACACUGAGGCGCACCCUUGUUGAGAGAGGUAUUCUUGGACUUUACGGAGGACUUGCUAGCAAACUUGCUUGCUCUGCACCCAUUUCAGCAAUUUAUACAUUAACUUAUGAAAUAGUCAAGGGGACUCUUCUGCCUGUUUUGCCAAAGGUGAUUUCAGAUUUUCAGUUUAGUUUUUCUACUGACACUAUCUAUUUGUCGUCAUUUCACAGUAUACACUUCAAUCUUUUACGGUGCUGUUACUUGACAUCUCUUCAGGAAUAUCACUCAAUUGUGCAUUGCGCUGCUGGUGGUUGUUCUAGUAUUGCAACAUCCUUUGUUUUUACACCCAGCGAAUGCAUAAAACAACAAAUGCAAGUGGGUUCCCAAUAUCAGAAUUGCUGGAAUGCUUUAGUAGGAUGCCUUAAAAGGGGUGGUGUUGCUUCAUUAUAUGCUGGAUGGGGUGCUGUUCUUUGCAGAAAUAUCCCACAUUCCAUAGUAAAGUUCUACGCCUAUGAGAGUGCGAAGCAGUUUCUGUUGGAAUCAGCACCUGCAAAUGCCAAACUCGAUUCUGGCCAGACAAUCUUAUGUGGAGGUGUCGCUGGGUCGACUGCUGCUCUGUUUACAACUCCAUUUGAUGUUGUCAAGACACGAGUACAAUUACAGGCACUCAGCCCUGUUAGCAAGUAUGAAGGUGUCCUUCAUGCACUAAAAGAAAUUUUUCGGCAAGAAGGCUUGCAUGGUCUUUACAGGGGUUUGACUCCAAGGCUGGCUAUGUAUAUAUCUCAAGGCGCUAUAUUUUUUACGUCCUAUGAGUUUCUCAAAACAGUUAUGUUUCCUGAACAAGUGCUUCCUGCAAGGAGCGUCACGGAAUGAAAGAACAUGGUGCGACGACACUGGAAGUAAAGACUUGUACUGGUAUGCCAAUCUCAUGAACUAACAUCUGGGAUGGUUCGACUUGAGGAUUUAAUUGUAGGUACUGUGCCAUCCAAUUUUGGGUUUUGAUAAGAAAGCUGUGUACAUUGUACAAUACCUUUUUGGGUUAUUUCACAUCUAGGCGAUAGAAACUUUUUAUCAUCAGCAAAGGUGGUAGGUAAAUUCCCUUUUAGGGAACC